UUCAGUCUCCAGUGCGGACGAUGUUGGUGUGCUUUUACGAGUGGACCAGACAAACUUGACUUUUCGACUAUUUGCAUUGCGGUUGAAUUGGUAAAAGGUGUAGUGACCGGACUGGCUGUGAUGAUUGCAAAUGACUGAAUACUCUGGUCCAUUUAUAAGAGGAGAAGCGUCUUCUUCAUUCCAGACGACUAAGGAAAGAUCAGCUGCAGUUUAGGACGGAGAUACUCGUGAGAUACUGGAUGGCUUAGCGAUAUCCCAAACGAAAGACAUGAGACGUAGUAAAUCAUCCUGACCCUACGUAAGUUCUAAUGUCUGAUAACAGGUUAUCAGAGGCGCCUUCUAAACACAAACUCACUAUGACCCCAAAACAUCGAUAAACGACCAAAUCGAAAACCGUCAACAAAAAAUCUAGUCAUAAAAGCGGAGAUAACGAGAAGCCAAACAAACAGCCAUUCAUUGAUGAUUUAUUCCGAUACCUGUGAUCAGUUAUGCGUAUCAUUAGUUUGUUAUGUUCGCUGUUCCUAACGAUGGUGCACAGUGCACAGCAGAAACGUGGGGUGUUGGGGGCUUAUGGACCGAGACAGCAGAAACCCAACAUCGUGCUGAUACUGACGGACGAUCAGGACGUGGAGCUGGGGAGUUUGAAUUUUAUGCCGAAGACCCUUAAAGCCGUCAAGUAUCAAGGGGCAGAGUUUAGACACGCCUACGUCACGACUCCGAUGUGUUGUCCGUCCAGAUCGUCAAUGUUGACAGGGAUGUAUGUGCAUAAUCAUAACGUCUACACCAACAACGACAACUGCUCGAGCACCACCUGGCAAACGACAUACGAGACGAGGUCUUUCGCUACUUACCUGAGCAACGCAGGGUACAGAACAGGUUAUUUCGGAAAGUAUUUGAACAAAUACAACGGUUCCUACAUACCACCUGGAUGGAGAGAAUGGGGUGGGCUCAUUAUGAACUCCAAGUAUUAUAAUUACUCCAUCAAUAUGAACGGGAAGAAAAUCAAGCAUGGAUUCGACUAUUCCAAAGAUUACUACCCGGAUCUGAUAGCCAACGAUUCGAUCGCCUUCCUGAGGCAGUCUAAAAAAAACAGUGCCCAUAAACCAGUAAUGCUGACCAUGUCUUUUCCGUCGCCACACGGUCCAGAGGAUUCAGCGCCCCAGUAUUCGGACCUGUUCUUCAACGUAACUAGUCAUCACAUUCCUUCCUACGAUUACGCGCCAAAUCCAGACAAGCAGUGGAUACUCCAAGUCACCAACAAGAUGAAGCCGAUCCACAAGCAGUUCACGGAUCUGCUGAUGACCAAACGGCUUCAAACGCUCCAGUCGGUGGAUGCUGCGGUGCAAAGGGUGGUCGAGGAGCUCGAACUGCUUGGUGAACUGCAGAAUACGUACAUCAUUUACACGUCCGACCACGGUUAUCACCUGGGUCAGUUUGGACUCAUCAAGGGGAAGAGUUUCCCAUUCGAAUUUGACGUUAGGGUGCCCUUCCUUAUAAGAGGACCUGGGAUAGAUCAUGGGGCUGUGAUAGAUGAAAUCGUGCUGAACAUCGAUUUGGCUCCAACGUUUCUAGAUAUAGCAGGGGUGGACACGCCACCACAUAUGGACGGACGUUCGAUACUACCUCUCCUGUUGAGCAGUAAGAGGAAGAAGUUGAAAUGGCCGGACACUUUUCUGAUUGAAAGUUCAGGUCGUCGUGAAACGCCCUUCCUGGAUGCGAAACUCAGGAAGUUGGCCGCAAGGGAACAGCAGCUCACCCUCAGAAGCAGCACGAGCACCACCCCCAUGACCGAAGUUUACGAAACGACGACCACUGUUAUGUUGAGCAACGAUUCUUCUUCCGAGGUACCGGAAACGAAACUUUAUGGGUCUGAGGAAGCUACGGACGACGAGGGAGGAGAGGUUGAUCAUGAAGACGACCUUCCCGAUUUGAACGAGGACAUGCGCAAGAUGAGGGAGCUUGAGACUGAGAUACAGGAGGAGGAGAUCACUAAUCAGGAUAAACCGCCUCUGAAACGAGACAAUAUGCAGCUAGACAACAGGGUUCUGCCCGGUUUCAUCCCGUUGUACAGCAAAUUCGAACGGCUGGUGAGGGAAUGCUCGCAGCCGAACAUGCAAAAACCGUGCACUUCGAACCAGAAAUGGUUCUGCGUGUACGAUAACGGGAGGUGGAGGAAACACAAGUGCAAAUCUAUUGUUUUGAAUUCGAGGGCGGUCCCCGACAAUAAAUAUCGAAAGUGCGCUUGUUUCACCCCGAACGGUCUGGUCUACAAAAAAGUUCCGAUAGAAAACAUCCCAAGGAGAAAAAGCAUCUCCAGGACCAAGCGAGACGUUGACCUGGAUGAAAUAUUCUUCACCGAACUGGAAGAAUCCACCGACGAUUCAAGAAAUAAAAGGAAUGCCCUGGAACGCGUCGACGACAAGAUGAAAAACCUACGUGGACAACUCAACGAUCUUCAGUACGUGAAUACCUCAGCCAUCGACGAACAGAUGCGUUCCAGGAAUCUGGAAACGAACCUCAUCGGCGAUUCGAUAUCGGGCUGCAGAAUAUUGGGCAGGGGAAAUGUUAACUGUUCGAAUCUGGUCUACCAGAACAGGAGGGUGUGGCAGAAGUCGAGACACGAGGUCAACAACGAGAUACAGGAGCUGAAGGAGAAGCUGGAACAACUUAAGGAGAUCCGGAGACACCUCAAACAUUACAGACCGGAGGAUCACGAUGGCGUCGAUACAGAUCUGUUGGAACCUACCACCAAUCUGCUGCCCAAGGUCAACAGGAGGAAGCAUCACAAGAAGACGAAUGAGAUGGGGAGGUAUCAUAGACCGACUACCCCGAGAGUAGUCACGGUGGAAAAUGUUACCGAUAGUCCUGCAGUGAGGAACGAUACGGUCGAAGAGGAGGAUGAGAACGACAACGCAACUGAAUUCGUGAAGCCCAACAAGCCAAAGCAUCAAAAACACAUACCAAUAAUCGACGAGAGAACAUCGGAAGAAAUCCCUUAUCCACCUAGCAACUGUCACUGCGAAAGCCUGGAUUUCGAUUCCGAAGAUUCCUCUAGCGUGGAAGAUGUCAGAAGUAGCAGGAGGAAACUAGACGAGGAAAAGAUGAGGAGACGUGCAAGGAAACAGAGGAAGAAGGAGAGCUUGGACAAGCAGUGUUCCUCCGAGAGGAUGAACUGUUUCCACCACGACAACGACCACUGGAAGACCGUCCCUUUGUGGACCAACGGUCCCUUCUGUUUCUGCAUGAACUCCAACAAUAAUACGUAUUCAUGCGUGAGGACCAUCAACGUUACACACAAUUUUCUGUAUUGCGAGUUCACCACCGGACUGGUGACUUUCUACAACUUGCGGAUAGAUCCAUUUGAGCUUCAGAAUCGUAUAGAUCAGCUCAAACCGGAGGAGAAAUCGUUUCUGCACGAUCAGUUGAGAGAUUUGGUGAGAUGCAAGGGGAAAUCUUGUACAGUAAACCAAAGUGCGUUGUAUAAUAACAGACUUCGUGAAAAUAUCCCACAUAGGAGAUUGGAGAAUGGCUUCCAUAGGUACAAGAAGAGAAAACCCUUUCCAGAUCAUCCAAGAGGAGGAUAUCUCUCUCACAAUGGAAGCUACCAAGCGAGACAUUUCAUGAAGCUAGUGAAUCGAAGCAAUUCCAGUCAUAUCGAGAAUAGGAGGCUCAUAUCAAACACAACGAAGAGAAAAAGGAAACAUUUAGCUGAAAGGCUGUAGAUUAGUUUAGCAUAUUUAAUUUAAACAAUUAUUUAUAUUUAUAUAUCGUGCAAAUAAGUUAUUGGUCCACAAAUCGCUUCAAAAGUAGAAGAAAAAUGUAAACUUGUGUCCAUCGAAUAAAAGAGGAAUUGAUUA